CUUGGUUUCCAGUGGCGUAGAUGUGCUAUGGUUCCAAUUUGAAUAAGCGAUGUUGGAAAACUAAGGUCCAUUGUUAUAUAGUUGGUCCUGGUUGGUCCUUCGAAGGAGCAAGUUGCGAAUUAGAUUGUUGUGAGAAUGAAGGUGUAGUGUGAUCAGGAUUCAGGAUGGUAGGUGGUUAUUUUUAAUGAAAGGGGUGAACGUCUAUGGAUAAAGUUUCGUACCGGGUAUAAACAUGGCGGCAAGAGUAGUGUUGUUAGUCUUUUGAUCUAUUCAUACUGCGUAUUGUAAAGAUUAUCGUAGUGUAAAGCGUGUAAAACGGCGAUGUGAUAGUAAUGGAGUGUUCGCAGUGUGGAGGACAGCAGUAAAUCGAACGAGAUCUUUCAAAAUUCGGAAGAGACUUGGUUACCCGGGCUUUUGGCUCUGGCGUGAUGUGCAAUGGCGUCCGAGGAGGAUCAGGAAGGUCCACCUGGAGAAAAGCUGGUAGUCAGUGAAUCGUGUGUUUUUAAAGACUCCAAAACAGUGGAGAAGAAAUGCUUCAAGUGUUGUCGGAGUGUAGCCGUCUGCGAGUGCGACCUACCGAUCCUCAGGAAUGGUGUCAACGGGUCCGAUGGUCCAACAACUGAUCAAGACUUGGGUUUUAUCAGUCAUGAUAUGGUCUCUCCGGCAGUAUGUAAGUGCCCAUAUGAUAGUGGAAUUACAAGCCACACCAAUGGAGACAAUCACUUAGAGAUAACAACACCAGUGAACAGUGUGAAGGUGGAGCAGGACUCAAUCUUGGAGGAUCGUUCAGAUAACCUUAACAAUAAUGUUAAAGAGGAGAAGAUUCAUUUGAAAAUUGUGAAUGGCACAAGUGGGGAUGAUGGUGAGGGAAAAGAGAAUAAAAAGAAGAUUAAGCUCAAUGAGUGUAACUCACCUUUAGUCAAAGUGAAAAAUAACUUGACUGAGGAAUUGGAUUACAAUAAGUUAGAAGGCAAGCAGGGCUUGGAACUAUUAACUGCCAUUGAGGAACAAACUAAGUUUUUUGCUCUAUCAUCAAGUUCAGAGUUUAGCAGCAAUAGUGACUCACCUAGGAAGAGGACUCGGUCAGUAGAGUGUGUUGUUUGGAAUACUGAUGAAAAACCUGCUGUCUCUGGUCAAGGAAUUAAGAGGCCACGUUCAGCAGACUGUGAGACAAGUUCAAAGCUACAAAAAUUAGACUUCUCUAAAUUGAAGAAAAUCAUUUUAAAUAAAGAUGAGAGAUCGAAGACUCACAGAUCUUCUAGGCAUGAUAGACGGAAACCAAAAUCCACUAUUAAAGGAUCCAAGGAUUUUAAGGAUCCCAGACCUAUUUUGUUGACUAGUGGUAAUUAUAGCCACCCACCAAGUAACUCAAAACUUAAAUUUCGAAAAUACUAUCAUGUGGAAAAACAUACAAAUGGUGGUGCGCUUGUGUUACACAUGUACCAGGAAGAAAUCAAACAUUUAGACGAAUCGACGACUCGUGAGUUGGCGACGGAAUUUUUCAAAAUAGCUUUUGCCGAAGACUCUAACAAACGCGCUAUUUACGUGAUGGCCAUCGUCCACGGUUCAGGAUCCAAACUACCAGAUUUACUGGAUUACAUGGCAGAUAAAUAUCCUUCUUUAACCGUGAAAAACGGUUUGUUGAAUCGAACUUCAGAUUUAGAAACGACGACGUUGUCUGUCUACAACGAUAAUGUGAAAAAACAUUAUGAAAGUGGCACCGUCAGGUAUGGACCACUACACCAAAUAAGUUUAGUUGGAACUGCCCAUGAGGAAGUGGGCGGGUAUUUUCCUGAUCUUUUAGACAUCCUCGAGGAAAAUCCUUUCCUGGAUAUGACAAUGCCGUGGGGUGAACUCUCAGUGGUGCACAUGAAGCGGGAAGAGUCGAACGAUGGACCAAUAUUAUGGUGUCGACCUGGGGAACAGCUAGUUCCUACGGUGGACGGGAGAUCACCACUCAAGAGGAGACGAACUGGUAUCAACGAAUUACGCAAUCUGCAAUAUUUGCCAAGAUUGUCAGAAGCUAGAGAACAUUUAUUCGAAGACAGAACAAAAGCUCACGCUGAUCACGUCGGCCAUGGUUUGGAUAGAAAGACUACGGCAGCUGUGGGCAUUCUUAAAGCAAUACACGGUGGACAAAGUGAAGGCGAGAUAAAUAGGAUCACCAAAGAUGUUGUUGCCUUCGAUGCCAAGGAUUUCGAUACUCUAUCCGAAAAGCUACAGCUGGACCUGCACGAGCCUCCGAUAUCUCAAUGUGUGACUUGGAUUGAAGAUGCCAAGCUCAACCAGUUACGAAGGGAUGGCAUCAAGUAUGCUAGGAUUAAUUUGUACGAUAAUGAUAUCUAUUUCCUUCCAAGGAAUAUUAUACACCAGUUCAGGACGGUGACCGCCGUCACAAGUGUCGCAUGGCAUGUGAGAUUAAGCCAGUACUAUGAAGAUAUCGAGGAGGUGGAGAAGAAACCGGCUCGCACGCACACGGUUACACAUUCGACGCCGGCUACCGAGAAACCGAAACACCAUCAUGUUCCGAAGAUUGAACAUAUCGAGCGAAAGAUAGAGAAGAAAGUGGAGAAGAAACAAGAGGAGGCUGUGAAAUCGAAGGAGUUGGUCGACAAAAAGGUUGAAAAGAAGGAAGACGACAAGAAGGUGGAAAAGAAGGAAGACGAGAGGAAGGUGGAAAAGAAGGAAGACGAUAGGAAGGUGGAAAAGAGGGAAGACGAUAAGAAGGUGGAAAAGAACGAAGAUGAUAGGAAGGUAGAAAAGAAGGAAGACGAUAGGAAGGUGGAAAAGAAGGAAGACGACAAGAAGGACAAGCAUCGCGACUCUAAGGAUAAAUCUAAAAAAGAACAUAAGAAGCAUCGAAGUGAUAAGCAUAAGCGGGACGAGAAAGAUAGCAGACACCACGAUAAACAUCGCGAAAGAGACAGAGAUAAGCACCAUCCACAUAAACAUCACAGCCGGGAUAAGGAUAAGGAACGCGACAAGGAGAAAUCGCGACACGACCGAAAGCAUUCCGAUAGUCGCAAAUCUCAUAAGCAUCGGCGUUCAGACAGGAGCAGGGAAAAGGAUAAGAAGAGUGGCAGUGGUGACGUUAAGACUGUUGUGAGUGAUCCAGCGAAGCAGCAAGACGCGUCAAGAGGAAGCGCUGUUUCCACGUCGACGCCGUCUUCAUCGAUGUAUAUGAAAAGCAGUCCGGUACCGUUACCACCCUCCACGAAAACAAGUCCUAUGUCAUUGGUCACUCCACCAACGGAACCUCCUCCUACCGUCGCCCCGCCUUCAACAAGUUGCAACAUUAGCGAGAACACCGAGAAAAAAACACAUAAAGUUCGGAAACCGCGUUCGUCCGGUUCUAUCGACAUAUUAGGUGAUAUUCUUAAAAACAUGGAUUCUCAGAAAUCAAGUGUGAUGUAAGUUGUACAUGCAAAUUAAAAAACAAGAAGGAACACACACAUACAAUUUUCAAAACGAAGAAGCGAAAGCGUGCAUAUGUACAUAAUGUAAAAAACAAGAAAUCUAGAUGUAGUUUUCAUAGUUUAUAUAUAUUUGAACAUGCAUCGUUGGUGUAAAGAGAAACGACGAUGUUUAUUUUUAUAAUCUCCUGCAACUCUUAACGUUGGAUAUAUCACGGGAAAGAUGAUUUCCUUCCAAUAUAUAAAUAUAUAUAUAUAAUAGAAGAUACGUUUAUUUUGAAUAGAAGGAUUUUUAGAUCACAUAUAUACAUGUUUAAGAUGCCGGCAGCAUCGUCGUACAUUAAAAAAGAAGCAUAAAAUGAAAAAGAAGUGACGAAUUUGA